UAAUACAGCCAGCUUACAUGUUGAGAGAUGUUCAUCAUUCAUAUUUUCCUCACAGGGGGGCUCGUCCUCUCCAAAUGCCGUCGGUACCACUUUGUUAAUAAGCCUUUUACUUGGUAUGAGGCUCAGAGCUACUGCAGAAAGAACUACGUAGGCCUGGCCUGCAUUGAAAACAGUGAAGAAAUGAACCAAGUUAUCAAUACAGUUUCAUCUGCUGGUUACAACUCUGAGGUCUGGAUUGGUGUUUACAUUCAUUUACAGCGGCAUGCUGCAUCUCAGAAUGAUGAUGAGUCCUGGAACUGGAAAAAACAAAUUCAAAGUGAACCUUUCUUAGUUUCCUAUUUUUGUCAAAGCAUUUCAGUGAGUGGACAGUGGUAUUCCAACUGCUCAGUGGAACAUCCAUUCAUCUGUUACAAUGGAACUUCGCAGAGUCCUCAAUAUGUUCUUGUUAAUGAAAGCAUGGACUGGUUCCGAGCUCUGAGGUACUGCAGGGAGAACUUCACAGACAUAGCCAGUUAUUCGAUAUCUGACAGUCAGUUGCAGAUACUGCUGCCAAAUGGGGAUCGAGCGUGGAUAGGCGUCAUUUCAUAUCCCGAAAUUCGCCAGAGAGAUUGUGGCAACUCUUCAUUCAGAUACUGGGAUGACUUCGGAAACAUUCCGAGCAUUUUUCGCUCAUUGUUUGGUGUUGCAGAUUUGCAGAGAUCAGGAAAAUGGAGGUUAAUCGAGUAUUUCACAAAAAUACCAUUUGUCUGCUUUGACAACCUGCCAGCUCCUGGAAAGGAAAAUGUUCAGAAAAAAGUAAUAAAAAUGAACCUGAAUCUGGAGGGCCUGUCUGUGGAUCUGAAUGACAGAGCUGUCAAAGCAAACCUAACAAAGGCAAGUCUCUGCAAGUUCUAUAAAUGACAAAAAUAUUAUUAGGACUUCGCUGUAGUAAUGCAAUAUGAUUUUGUGCCUUAUCUAAAUGCUGAGAUAUAAAAUAAUGUCAGAAGUCAAGCUGAUAAUUUUGAUAAAUCCUUCAGUCUUCAUGACCUUUGCUGUCAGAAGCAGCCUUUGUGAGGUAAAAGCCUUUUUUGUGUGUUUUUCGUCACCUGGAGGCUUUAAAUUGUUUACUGUUUGUGUUUCAGCUGCAGGACAAACUGGAGGAAAAAGGAGUGAAUGGAGUCAAUCUGAAGUGGAGAAAGCUGCCUGAUGGAGCAGUCUUCCAUAAAGAGGAGAAAAAUACUAAGAAGGAAGAAAAGAAGAAAACUGAGCUGUGAAUUUUAAAACCAACUUUACUGCCGCUUACAGCUUAACAAAUUUAUCAGAGCACCAUCUAGUGUAAGGUUGCUGAUUCUCAUUCCCACCACUUCACAACUGGCUGUGAACCACUCAAGUGCGAGCUGGAGGCCAUCACGUGAUGAAGCCAAAAGAACCACAUCUGCAAAAAGCAGAAAUGACAUUCUGAGACCGCCCAAGUGGAAGCCUUCCGCCACUUGGCUACGUGUAGAAAUUCUAUCUGUAAAAAAAAUCAUGAACACAGUCUGUCACAAAGGACAGCCCUGACUGAGUCCAACACCAACCAGAAAUGCGUCCAACUUAUUGCCGGGUAUAUGGACCAAGCUCUUGCAACAGUUUUAUAAGGACCAAAUGGCUUAGCAACGGGCCACACACCCCAUACUCCUCAAGCUCCUCCCACAGAAUAUUCCAAGGGACAUCAUCAAAUGCUUUUUCCAAAUGCACAUAACACAUGUAGACUGGUUGGAGAAAAAAAUAAAAAUAAAAAUACAUAAUAUGAAUAUGACUGCUGCAAAUUUCCCACCAUGCAUCACUUAUCCCAUUUGGCCUGAAGCAAACAUUGCAUUUAGGAUAAUCAUAAAGCGUGUAACAUGAAAAUCACCAUCAUAAAGAUCUCAGGAAGAAGCAGUUUUUAUUGUUAGAUGUUCAGAGUUGUUGGAUGAUCAAUCACUGGAUGGUCCCAGUAUAUUUUAUGCUAAAGGAGGCAAUAAAGCAAGCAUAUAAGCUCCCUUCCUUAGUAUUUGGAGAAUUUAGAAAACACUUUAGUGUGAUGUUUUGUUUGUAUGAAGCUGCUGUACCUAGUGAGGUUUGGCUCUGCUUAAACCUUUUAUAUAUGUAAAUGAUGCUGUUAACAGUCCCUGCCUUGAUAACGAAAAACAAAUUUUAUCAGAGCUUCACUGGGAUACAGUUUCCACAGCCUGACACAUAGGAGUGAAGUUUAGGUUCUAAACAAAAUCUACUUUCAGUCCCUCACGUGGCUUUGCCACCACAUACAGUAUCUCACAGAAGUGAGUACACUGCUCACAUUUUUGUACAUUUAUUAUAUCUUUUCAUGAGACAACAUUGAAGAUUUGGCACUUUGAUACAAUGUAAAGUAGUCAGUGUACAGCUUGUAUAACAGUGUAAAUUUUCUGUAACCUCAAAAUAACAAUUCUUUUUUUCAGAUCGUCACAGAAUUCUUUGCCAUGAUGUGUCAUGUUAAACUUCCAGUGACCAGUGUGAGAGAGUUUGAGAGCAAUGACACCAAAAUCAACACACCUGUUUCCCAUUUGUGUUACAAGGUUAUUAUGAGACCUUGUAACACUAAAAGUCACAUGACACCAGGGAGGGAGAGUGGCUAAUUAAGCACAGUUUGGACAUUUUGAUUUAGGGGUGCACUCACUCUAGUUGCC